UUUCAAAACUGGGGCCGAUGUCUUCUCUUCUACCACUCAAUAUCUUCUAUCGAUUUCUCUCCUUGGGGGAGUCCUGCCUCAGACCCAUACGAUUCAUCAAACAGAAUGCGAAUCGACUUCAACCUGCUGAGCUGCGACCCACUCACACCACCGAGCUCCCCAAAGAAGACUGCCAAGAAGAAAGCCAGAGAGAAGAAACAAGCAGCCAGUCCAUCUCAUGAUCAUCACCAGCAGACAAAAAAACUAGCCCGAGUGGUUCUAGAAGCCAUUCCGAUCAGCAAUCCCACCCGGUUUAUUCUCCCUAAGCCGGUCUACAACAACGAGUUCCCCCAUCAAUCCGCCAGACCAUUCAAACAGAACUACCAAACACCCACUCCGAUCACCUCUUUCUCCUACGACCAGCACGGCAAGAUCCACUGCGGCGCCCAUGAUCAGUUCAUAUCCCUCAGGCCUUUCCUCGAUAACGUCGACCAUACUGGCUUCGAUCUCAACACCGGGAUCGACGAGGCUGUCUAUGUUGAGGAUGCGGUGGACAGAGGCAUCGAUGGGCUUUUGCUAAGUCUAGCGGAUUUCCUGGAUAGAAGCCAGCCUGCCGAUCGACUCACCAAGUCUCGAGAGAUCUUAUCAACCGAGCUGAUCACCUGGCGAUCUGCCCUAGCCAAGCUUGCCUUGACGGCCUACGAGAAUAGGCAGAUCGACCAAAAUGCAUCCGGGGUCUGGACAAAGCGGGUGAUGCUAAUAGACGGGACGAUCUAUCUGGAAGACGAACCCGAACAGAUCGAGGAUCUGGUAGAGGACCUUGACGAGCUGCCUGCCGGCUAUGUCGAAGAAGAUGGGAUCAUUCGCCGGAGUGAUGAAUGGGCAGCCCAUAUUUACCAUGGAUACAGCUAUGAAAGUCUAAUGACCAACACCGAGUUUCAGUCGGUUAAUACUAACUCUCAAUGGAUCUCAGUCGUUAGUUCUACUCUGAACGGCAUCCCAAUCAUCCUUGGCGGAGAAGUGGAUUGUGUGACCCUCGAAAGUUUCCAAAAAGUACAUACCCCCAAUCAUCAUCAUCAUCAUCAAGAGUCCGUCGAUCACAAUCAACAUCCGCUCCCCAAAUUCGUCGAACCCGAUCAGACCAUCGAACUCAAAACUUCCAUUGUUCCCUCUACCAUUCACGAGCUCUGUAAUCUCCAUCGAUACAAGAUGAUCAAAUAUUGGCUUCAAUCUUUUCUCAUGGGAACGCCCAAGGUCCAUGUAGGAUUCAGGACCCGCGAAGGGAUCUUACACAGCUCGAAGACAUACCAGACGAACGAGAUCCCAGGUUUAGUGAAGCGGGAAGCGCAGCCAUACUGUCGAUGGUCGAGCGACGUGUGUCUGGAAACCGGGACGAAGAUCAUCCGGUUCCUCAAAAACAAGCUUGCGCGGGGUCCAGUCAACCGGAAAGCCAGCCGUCGGGCCGAUCCAUCCGCUCGAGAAGCUUGGAUUAAUACUACUACUACUACUCAAGGAUAUUCGAAUCGGUCUCAGUUCUUCAACGACCGUCUGGACGCAAUCGUUGCCGAAGAAUACGCGCGGCAAGUAGCGAACACACGACCUCAAGAAGACCCAUGUCGGCUGUCAGAUAUCUGUAAAGCCCAAGUGAUGGAUCUCGGCCGAUGGCCGGUGUAUCGCUUAGUCUUCAAGCCUUACACCGCGCCCGAUCUUUCCCCCACUCAAUCAUCUCAUGCCCCUCUCCCCACCGGCAUCCCGGCCUUCAUCCAGCUUGAAGAACUGUCCUUCAAAGAAGUCUCCGAAUCGAUCCUCUGUCAUAAACCUAAAACUUUAUUCAAUCUUGGAUACCCCUCAACAACAUCAACAACUGCUGGCUCAAAUGAUCAGGACUUCAACUGCCAUGACCGAGACUUGGAUUCAACGAUUGGUCCAGAUGCGGGUCGAUUUAUUGCUGUCUAA